GUGCGGGGAGGGAGGGGAGAGCGGGUCACGACGCUGCUGGGGCGGGGAUAACCCCUCACGUGGAGCAGAUGAAAGGGCCGCAGCGCGACGGCCGGGGGAGCCGAGCCGAGCCUGCGACCCACAAAGCCGCCGCCACCGCCGCCGCCGCCGCGAUGGGGCUGUGAGGCGUCCGCCCGCGCUCGGUCGUCCACCGGCCCGCGACUAUGCCCGGCCGCGCCCGCCCUCCGCGCCCUCCCGCCGCAGGACCAUGAGGCCGCGCUCGGGCGGGCGCCCAGGGGCCCCGGGCCGCCGUCGCCGCCGCCGCCCCCGCGGCCGCCGCCUGCCGCCGCCGCCGCCGCUGCCGCUGCUGCUCGGGCUGCUGCUGGCGGCCGCGGGGCCCGGCGCGGCGCGGGCCAAGGAGACGGCGUUCGUGGAGGUGGUGCUGUUCGAGUCGAGCCCGAGCGGCGACUACACCACCGACACCACCGGCCUCACGGGCCGCUUCUCGCGGGCCGGGGCCACGCUCAGCGCCGAGGGCGAGAUCGUGCAGAUGCACCCACUGGGUCUGUGUAAUAACAAUGACGAAGAAGACUUGUACGAAUAUGGCUGGGUCGGAGUGGUGAAGCUGGAACAGCCAGAAUUGGACCCGAAACCAUGCCUCACUGUCCUAGGCAAGGCCAAGCGUGCAGUGCAGCGGGGAGCCACCGCAGUCAUCUUUGAUGUGUCUGAAAACCCCGAAGCCAUCGACCAGCUAAACCAGGGCUCCGAAGAUCCCCUCAAGAGGCCAGUGGUGUAUGUGAAGGGCACAGAAGCCGUGAAGCUGAUGAACAUCGUCAACAAGCAGAAAGUGGCUCGAGCACGGAUUCAGUAUCGCACCCCCCGGCAACCCACAGAGUACUUCGACAUGGGGAUUUUCCUGGCCUUCUUCGUGGUGGUCUCUUUGGUCUGCCUCAUCCUCCUCGUCAAGAUCAAGCUGAAGCAGCGGCGCAGUCAGAAUUCCAUGAACAGACUGGCCGUGCAGGCCCUGGAGAAGAUGGAGACCAGGAAGUUCAACUCCAAGAGCAAGGGCCGCCGGGAGGGGAGCUGCGGGGCCCUGGACACUCUCAGCAGCAGCUCCACGUCCGACUGUGCCAUCUGCCUGGAGAAGUACAUCGACGGAGAGGAGCUUCGGGUUAUCCCUUGCACGCACCGUUUCCACCGGAAGUGUGUGGACCCAUGGCUUCUGCAGCACCACACCUGCCCCCACUGUCGCCACAACAUCAUAGAGCCAAAGGGAAACGCCGGCGCCGUGUGCGUGGAGACUGGCAGCCUGGCACGCGGCCGGCAGCAGAGGGUGAUCCUGCCAGUGCACUACCCCGGCCGCGUGCACAGGGCCAGCGCCGUCCCCACCUACCCCACGAGGACCAGCAUGGACUCCCACGGCAACCCCGUCACGCUGCUGACCGUGGAGCGGCCCGGGGAGCAGGGCCUGUACUCGCCGCAGACCCCCGCCUACAUCCGAGGCUACCCGCCCCUCCACCUGGACCACGCCCUGGCCCCGCACCGCUGCGGCCUGGAGCACCGCGCCUACUCGCCCGCGCACCCCUUCCGCCGGCCCAAGUUCAGCGGCCGCAGCUUCGCCAAGGCCGCUUGCUUCUCCCAGUACGAGACCAUGUACCAGCACUACUACUUCCAGGGCCUCAGCUACCCCGAGCAGGAGGCCCCGGCCGCGCCCGGCCUCUCCCCCCGGGGCCCGGCCCGGGCCUUCCCCGCGGGCGCCGGCGCCGGUGGCGGCCUGCUCUUCCCCGGCGUGGUGCACGUGGGCCCGGCCUCGCACCUGGAGAGCGGCAGCGCCUCGAGCUUCAGCUGCUACCACGGCCACCGCUCGGUGUGCAGCGGCUACCUGGCCGACUGCCCGGGCAGCGACAGCAGCAGCAGCAGCAGCUCGGGCCAGUGCCACUGCUCGUCCAGCGACUCCGUGGUGGACUGCACCGAGGUCAGCAACCAGGGCGUGUACGGCAGCUGCUCCACGUUCCGCAGCUCCCUCAGCAGCGACUACGACCCCUUCAUCUACCGCAGCCGCAGCCCCUGCCGUGCCGGCGACGCGGCUCGGGGGCCCGUGGCGCACCCGGAGGGCUCCCCGGCUCCGGAGGAAGUCCCGGCUGCCCAGAGUCCGGGGGCGGGGCGGGGCGAGCCCUGGCCCAGCCCGGCCUCGCCCUCGGGAGACCAGCUGUCCACCUGCAGCCUGGAGAUGAACUACAGCAGCAACUCCUCCCUGGAGCCCCGGGGGCCCCACGGCUCUACCUCAGAAGUGGGGCUCGAGGCCUCUCCGGGGGCCGCCCCCGACCUCAGGAGGACCUGGCAGGGCGCCCGGGAGGGGCUGACCUGUGCCUGCUGCUGCGAGCCCCCGCUCUCCGCACUGGAACCCGGUGGCGGGGCGGCGGGCGGCGGCCCCGUGUUCCUGGGCGCGCCCCUCUGUGAGGGCUGCGGCCCCCCCGGGGAGGCGCGGGCAGGCAGCCCCCCGGGCCUGUACGGCCUGCACCCAGACCGUUUGCCCAGGACGGACGGGGUGAAGUAUGAGGGCCUGCCCUGCUGCUUCUAUGAAGAGACGCAGGUGGCCCGCGGCGGGGCGGGGGGCAGCGGCUACCCCGAGGACUGCUCGGUGAGUGUGCAGUACACGCGCGCCCCCGAGCUCGCGCCCACCUGCCACCCGGCGCCCCGGGACCUGAGCCAGCGCAUCCCCAUCAUUCCCGAGGAUGUGGACUGUGACGCCGGCCUGCCCUCGGACUACCAAGGGACCCACAGCCUCGGGCCCUGGGCGGGGACGCCGGGCCCCAGUGCCCUGUGGCCCCCGAGGGGCCUGGGUGCCGCCCAGGAGGAAGAGCGAGCUCAGUGCUGCCAGGCCAGGACGCUGCCACUGCCCGACUGCCUGCCCAAGGAGGCGGGGGCGGCCAGGCCCAGCUUCCCCGGGCCCCCCCAGGACACUCAGGAGUCUGGUACCAUGGCUGUGGAGGCAACAGGACAGUGACCUCACCCAGCUGACAGCGGUGGCCUCCGGGAGCCCGGGCUCAGAAGGAAUUCUUCAGUGGAAAUGGGAACUGUACGGAGACUGCAAACUCAAAACUUCCUACAGAGAAAAAAAAAUUAUUUUUUUUUUUAGCUUUGACAAACACAAAAGUGGUAAUAAAGAGAGCCCUCCUUCUCAACCCAAAAUGUGAGCCCCUGUGGCAAACCCCGCCCCCCAUCCCAUUAACAAACCAACAACAAAAUUCUGAGUCUUUCGCCUCUUUUGAUAACAUGUUACUAUUCCUCCUGUUUUGUAAAGUGUGUGCUUGGGAUUCUGAGGUGUGUGGGAUUGAGUUCUCUGCUUUGUUUUUUAAGAUGUUAUAUGUAAAUGUAAAGUUAUUUAAAUAUAUAUUUUAAAGAACCCUAGCCGCCAACUUUUGCUGAAAAAGAAAAAAAAAAUCACUGCUGCAUUAAUUGAACCACAUCAUGUGUAGAUACUGUUGUUUCCCUGGAGGGAGCUCAGGCCUUUGAAACGCUCAGGGCUACACCUGCCUUAGAAAAUGAACCAGAAACUUGAAGUAAAGCUCGUGGAUAUGGGUACAGACUCUGAGGAGCAAUGCAGAGCUGCCUCUCUCUUCCGCCUGGCAAAUCCCAAUGAAACGAAAUUUCAGGUCUUAGAAGCCAUGCCUCUUCAGCUCAGAAGGCAGGAAGCAGGAAGGGGGCGCGGGGGGCGGGCAGCGCUGGAACAGGCCACUGUAGUGCUAGCCCCAGGGUCACAGGUCACUCGGUCCUCAGUCCGUCCCCUUAGGUCUUUGUCCCAAGUGGAACGACAGAGUUCACAGUCUCGAUCUGGGUCUUCCUACCAGUGGCUGCAGAAAGGGUUGGGCCAGGGCUGUGGGGCCAAGACACCCCGGAGAAUGUCACUUUGCAGCCUGGGUGUCUGAGGUGGCCGGGGAGAGCACCGGGGCCCAGGGGCAGCAUGCACAUGCAUGGGUGUGGGCAGGCCAGGGUCCCCCUCCUGCAUCCGUGAGCCGCCUUCCGGGGGGCACCUGGCUAGGACCCCUGAGGUCUGCUUCAAGCCCCCUUUGAUGAAUUUCCCAUCUUAUUUUCCUAUGGAAACCACUUCAGGGUUGUUCCCUCUGCCUCGUGGCCGAGACAGCUCACCUUGCCUGCAAAGUCUACUAUUUGUCCUACCUAAUGCACUAUUAUCUAUUGACUCUCCAUGAGACAGAGAAAGAGACUAUCAGAUAGUUUAGACCCAAAGGGUAGGUUUUAUAUAUUUUUUUCAGCGUUUUUUUUUUCUUAAAGAGAGUUUUAAAACAAACUUUUUUUAAAAAAAAAGAAAAAGAUGUUUCCAUUUUUAAAAGGGAGAGAGAAUCUAUUUAAAGCUAUUUCAGAUCAGGGAUUGUCAUCCAUUUUAUGUAUUUUUUUUAAUUUUUUUUUUCAGAAGAGAAUCUAAUCACAUUAGCCCUUAUAUUCAUUAACUCUUCUGGUCCCUUUUAUUUAUUUAUUCGACAGAUACGUGUUGACAUCUGAAAUGCUCACUGGCAGAAUUAGAACUCCGAGACCUGCUCCCCAGGAAGCGGGGAAACAUUGCCUGGGCCAGGGGGUGCAGGGUGGCAGGUGACUGUUGCCAGCUCUUAAAAGACUCUCACUGCACCCGGAUCCUUUUCUCUGACAAACCCCAGCCCGAGUCUGGAGAGAGAGUCCCAGGGUUCAGGCGCUUGCCUUGCACACAGCCAACCCCAGGUGCAUCCCUUGGCACCACGUAGGGUCCCCUGGAGCACAGCUGAGUGUGGUCACACACCCCCCCACCAAAAAAAAUACCCAAAAAGCCUGUGAUGAGGUUAUUGACUUAUUUCUAGCCAGGAUUUGACAGAAAGUUCCGUGUUGAUGAGCCAUUUGCCAUUUGGGAACUCGUUGGUGAAAUUUGCCCUCUACCCUAGAAAGGUACAGUCCCUUGGGGCGGUCCCCUCUCCCCGCCUGUGCCCUGCACACCUGUUGGCGAGGGUGUGAGAAGUGCCUAAGCUGUUGACAUGUGAUCUGGGCCGCCUUUAUUUCUCGGGCCAGGAGCAGCAGCUGCUGAGGACCAGAGCUUGCGUUCCGGGCUUUGGGGGAGGGGCAGGAGAGAUGGCUUUUAACCGGAAUUGCAAAGGCAGCUUCUGGGGGUGGGGUGGGGUGUUGUUGUGUAUGGGGUUUUUGUUUGUUUUGAAUGCCUUUGAUACAUAUUUGCUUCCUUGUCUGAAACGUAGGCCCACCAAGUGACUUGCUUUAGCCCUGGCUGGGAAAUCCCUCUCACAAGCCUUAAGCAAUCCGUAGAGAAUGUGGCUUCAAAGGGGCUCUUGAAAAUAAACCUGUCCGAUUUUCACUUGAAAGAGUAAUCACUACCGAUGGCACAUUUUAGUCUGUCGUUUACAGGGUGGUAGAAACCCGAAAAAUGGCAUGUGAAAACUUUUUAACACAUGGACGCUCGCACGUACCCCGAGUGGAUCACGCUUGAAUGUGGUUAAAUUAACCCAAACUGCAGCGUCGUCAACAUGUUAAAUAACAACCAUUGUCUUAAAUUGUGUUCACCCCAUCAGAGC